UUGUUUACUUCGUUGACUGGCUACUCUUCUUCUUCGUCUUCUACAAAUCAUAGAUUUAUUUCCUUUUCUUUUUCACCAACUCUCCAUAUAUAUCAUUUGCUAUUUGCCCCCCAACAUUUUCGUAUAUGGGUCGUCAAGACUUUUAUCUCUGAGCUUCUUGGUUACUUAAUUACUCCAUGGCUUAUUCUUCUUCUAGGUACUUUCAUGGGUCUUCUUCCCUAGGUGGUUGCUGGGAUCUUCAAAACCUUGGACUUCUCAACGCAGACACCAUGUCUUUAGUUAUGGAUGGAGUUUCGCCGUUUUUCUCGUCUCUGGAGUCUGAUUUCUCUACUGGGUAUUUAGAAGAUGCUUUGCUCGAAUUCAGCGAACGUUCUAAACGGCGACGCUUGCUGUUGUACACUGAUGACCAUACCAAAAUAUCAGAUGACCAUCAUUUUGCGAAGAGCUACUGGAAUGAAAACUGCGAGUGGGAAAUGUCUGAGAAUUUGAGUUGCAUGCGUCACCUUACCAGUAGUAUUCAUGGAGUUUCAGAACCCAUAAGCACUUCUCUUAGCAAUAUGAGCGAAGAGGAAGCAAAUGUUAUCACAGAGAUGAAAACACCAGAAGAAGAAAUAGCAGCAACCCCUGAAAUUCUCGAUUCUUCAUCUUCUUCCUUCAAAAACUCGGCCAAAAGAAAGUCCAUAUUCGAAAACGACAACCUGCAAGAUCAUUCUGGUGAGGAUAAGAGAAAGAAGAGGAUGAUAACAAGGGUGGUGUAUCCAUUUGCACUAGUGAAACCAGGAGGAGUUGAAGGUGACAUGACCAUAAACGAUAUCAAUGAGAGGAUAUUAAUGCCACCGACAAGGCCGGUGAGGCAUCCGGUGGGUGAUUUUGCUUGUAGGCCAUGCGUAUCAGCUGACGGACCAGGCCUUUCAGGGAAAGCUGUGGUGGCCCUUACAAGAAUCCACACACAAGGAAGAGGCACAAUCACCAUUAUCAGAACCAAAGGUUAAAGCUAGCUAGAUGAGGAUCUAUAAACAUAUAUAAUUUUAUAUAGAUAUGCAUGUGUACUCAACUACUCAUUGCUACUCUGCUUAGUUCAUGCUUUUGUCUGUUUGAAAUUGUAUAGAGAAAAAGAAAAAGAUUUCAUGCGUGUAAAAUGGUUACUUUUACAGAGUUAUAGUUAAAGAUUGCUGAAUGCUGAACCCAACAA